CCUCUACAGCCAGAGGAACCUGGCUGAAAUCACAGAGCUCAUCCACACGGCCUUCCUGGUGCAUCGUGGGAUCGUCAAUCUCAAGGAGUGGACCAACUCUGACGGACCUCUGAAGGACAUGCAGUUUGGAAACAAGAUGUCCGUUCUCAGUGGGGACUUCUUGCUCGCCAAUGCUUGCACUGGACUGGCCCAGCUAAACAAUACUAAGGUAUGAAAUAGUCGUCAUAUAACACAUUAUGUUGGAGAUACAGAUUUCUUGCCCUGUAGCUUUUUCGUUCUGCCUUUAAAUUUCUUCCAAAAUGCAAUCUGAAUUCAGACUUUUUACCUGUGAGAUCUCAAUAGAUCGUCAGUGAGAUGAAGAUGAUAGUUGACAAUGCUAAGAUCGCUGCAGUACAACUAAGGAUAGUGAUGAGAAUACAAACAGUCUAAGCGGAGUUUAAACACCAUUUACAUCAGCUUGCUGUGUCAAGUUUUCCUGGCCGUUGUGGAUUGAUCGAAUCAACAAAUAUAUUAUCUCACUUAGGCCACUGGCAGGCAGACCGAUACUCACACACAACAUAUGCUUGGGUGGGAAUAAUGCACCCUCAUUUACACAGGUUACAUUCUCUUACGGCCUUCUACUCAUUCUUACUAAGCACUUCUGCAGAUUGUGUGUCUGUGUGCGUGUCUGGGUGCGGGCAUGGUGGGUCACAGGUCACUUCCAGUGCAUACACUGGCAAUCCUUUGCUGACAGAAUAUGUCACCAACCUCAACUGACAGAUUGUCACCAACCUCAUCUGUCAGAAUGUGUCACCAACCUCAACUGUCAGAAUAUGUCACCAACCUCAACUGUCAGAAUGUGUCACCAACCUCAACUGUCAGAAUGUGUCACCAACCUCAACUGACAGAAUGUGGCUGCACAAGAGGAUCAUAAUAACCACUUUUCUCUCUGCUUUGCAAUCUUCCAAAUUCUCCCCCCUGCCCACUCCCUCAGCUCAGAUUGUUCAUGCUCAGACAGACAAACAGGCAUUUAAAAUGCCACCUAAAGACACGGUGAUCAUGACAAUUCUGAUAACAGAAGUACUUUUUUUUCUUUAAAUUUGGGCAUUGUCAAAGUGGUAUACAUAGGCAUUUUUAACACCUUACAUGAACAUCAUGACACUCAUUUGUUUUGCAGUAUAAUUCAGAUUGUCUUAUUUUCAAUAAUGUAAUGACAUUCUAGAGCUCCCCCUGCUGGACAUGCAUACAUGUGCCCCCCCCACAAGAGUUGUAAAACAGCCUAGUUAAAAUGUUGAAAUUAGUACUCACGUGUGUCUAAACUAUGGUCACGACACUGCCUCCUAAACAAAUGGACAAUGACAAAUAGAGACCCCUAUUCAAACCUUGAUAGAGAAUAAAAUGUUCACACUCACCAAUUGCUUGAGGUGUAAUGUGAGAAAAUAUAUUUUUCAAGGAUUUUAUUGUGUUUACGUGUGUGUCACCUAAGACAGACAUGACAGUAGUAGCAGUCGUAGCAUAAGCGCUUAGAGGUUUAUAAGCAUUUCACAUAAACCAGGGAAUAUUUCAGGGGAGCAAUUGAUCUGGAUUAUGUGUUCCGGCCUUGAGAGGAAUCCUAGGCCGGUAUAAAGGGUAAAGUGAUCUCGGAGCCCAGCUCCGGUUUCUCUCCCUCACAGACCUGUCGGCAAAACACGAUCUGCCUGGAUUUGGGAGUAGAGUAAGGGGGAGGCGGGGGCUUAUCUGAUACUUUCCAAAAAAAGACCCCCACUCCCCCCUCCCUUCAUUUUCCUAAUUCCCAGCCUAGCAAAGACAGCACAUCUGGUAACACUGUAGGGGUAUUGUCCUUUUGGGCCUUUCGUGAGGCUUGAGUUUCUUUAAUAUUUCCUAAAGGAUCUGGUUACCCAGAGCGCAGUAUGAAGACUCUGAUAGAGACACACUCUCAAAUCAUGAAAAAACCUCUUGAAUUUAAGGGAGUACAACAAAUAGAUUGUCUUUCUUAUCUACCUGUAAAUCUUUGUGCCCAUACACUGUUCUUUAGGAGCAAUUUAUUGUGAAAGAAGAUAAAGCUGAUGAACAUCGUGUUUGUGAUUAUUUAAACUCAGUCAGUGGUUUGGACAAUCAUAUAAAAUAAGGUGCCUGACUGAAUUUAGUAUAGUGUGUGAGUGGGGGUGCUAUUUAAAAUGUAGUCAUGGAUUCCCACUGCAAGAGGGACUGGGCAACUGCAGACAGAUGACACUAUGACCUCCAAGUUUUAAUGGAGCUUUAUGUGACAAAGCUGUUCAGCCUCCCGAGAUCUUUGACUUGAUGCCCCAAAGUUCACAAUUUUAACUGGGGCAAGUUGAAUCCUAAAUAAGAAAACAAUUAAGAUUUGUUUCCUUUUUUUAACAUUCAUUCCACUACAUGCCCACACACCUGGACCUAGUAGACUUGAGAAUUCCUCAAAGGGAGGGAGCUAGUGUAAAACAUUAUAAAAAUGAUGAAUAUACAAUACCGCCGGGCCACAACCUGUUGAGCAGAGUGAAGUUAUAUCUAAAACAAGAAGGUAUCAAAUUGAUAAUCAAUUCUGAGUUGGGUUGUUGAUGACAAAGAGCCCCAGCACCAGAUGUCAGACCACUGCUCCAGAGCCUCAUCAACCCCUCAGCCCUCAUAAUAUUUCCUGAUUUCUGCCUUGCCAGCCUUUCAUCUUCUCAGACUGGAUACCUGAUAAAGCCUCAUAAUACAGUUUAAACUGGGGGUCGCUAUAAAUAAGAUUGAAAUUGACAAAGCUCAGUCUGGGUGUACUUAAUAAAAACAGCAGGCAGUCCUCAGUCAGUCCACACUGUUCCGAUAAUGAGCUGGAAAUGUGAGGAGUUAGAGCUGGUCAAUUUACAGCCCAGACACCCUCUUAGCCUAAACCCCAUCCCCAUCUCACUUUAGAGCAAUUUCAAUACUACAUAAAGUACUUUCAUGGUGGUUAACCAAAGCUUUUUUCUUUUGCGUUUGACAGGUUGUGGAGUUGAUCUCGAGUGCCAUUGGUGACUUGGUGCAGGGAACCUACCAUGAGAUGCCCAACAGUUUGGAGGUAAGACAAUUUAUAUACCACUACCAGGGACACCCUAGCCAGCUAUAGCUACCGGUAACAGCCAAAAUAAAGGAAACGCCAACAUAAAGUGUCUUAAUAGGGCGUUGGGCCACCACGAGCCGCCAGAACCGCUUCAAUGCGCCUUGGCACAGAUUCUACAAAUGUCUGGAACUCUAUGGGAGGGAUGUGACACCCUUCUUCCACAAAAUAUUCAGUCGAUUUGGUGUUUUGUUGAUGGUGCUGGUGCUGGAAAACGCUGUCUUGGGCGCCACUCCAGAAUCUCCCAUAAGUGUUCAAUUGGGUUGAGUUCUGGUGACUGAGACACACAUACACCCUUUAAACCCCCUGUGCUCCUUUGAUACCCCUCUUUCAAAGUCACUGAGAUCUCUUCUAGCCAUGGUAGCCAAAAUAAUGGGCAACUAGGCAUUUUUGUAUACAUGACCCUAAGCAUGAUGGGAUGUUAAUUGCUUAAAUAACUCAGAAAACCACACCUGUGUGGAAGCACCUGCUUUCAGUAUACUUUGUAUCCCUCAUUUACUCAAGUGUGUCCUUUAUUUUGGCAGUUACCUGUAGUUACAACACCAUACAAACUAACUGAGAACAUUACUAAAAAAAUAUGUCAAGGCAUCCCCUACUACAGUUAUGGUCAUAAUAACUAAAAAAAAGGUGAGUUUUGUUUUUAACAUAAAAUGAAAACAUGCAUUUUACUAAAUUAUUAAUUUGGACAAACUUUUUAGUGUGCUUACCUGAUAGAACAGUGUUGUUCAUUUAUCAGUCUGCUAGUAUUACGUACUGGAUGCAACCUGAUUAUUUGUGACGGGUAGAGAGAUACGGUUUACACCUCACCCUCUGAAGAAGAGCUUUCCCAGCAGAACUCAGUGUUAUGUUCUACCUCAGAGGUGGUUCCAGUUUCAACCUGGGCUCUUCUCUCCUUGGAACUUUAUACUGUGGUUAUAAAUCGCAAUUUUUAAACAAAAUAUAAAGUUUUAGUCUCCAGUUUUUAUUUUUCCAGUGAAAUGCUCUUAUGAACAAUUAAGUUCCAAAGAAUUAAAGUUGUACCGUAUAUUCUAUAGUUGGCGCUGUUAUUCGAAAUGUAGAUAAUCGGAUAAAAAUGUACUUCUAUGUAAUGGAAACAGUCAUAACUGAAUACAUAACACUUUAUGUAAACUGCUCUUUUCAGGACAAUAGCCUGACUGAUGAAAUCAACAUGGUCACGUGGGAGGAGCAGACGUUCUUGUCCCAUGGUGCCUUGCUGGCAAAAAGCUGUCAGGCAGCGAUGGAGCUCGCCAAACAUGACAAAGAUGCCCAAGGACUGGCUUACAAAUAUGCCAAGCAUCUAUCACUGGGCCACAAGGCAAGUAUUGCAGGAAACCUGAAAGAUUGGCUUUGCUGAAAAGUAUAGAAUCAUGCUGCUUUCAAUCUUUCCUAAAAAUGUGAAAAUGCGAGUGAAAGACACAGUGGGUAUUUGCAAUAUACUGAGAUAGGUGGUGAAACGUAACAUGUAAGGAUCAUGACUAGGCUGUCAUGAUUAUUGACAAAUGCUGUCAUUCCCCCCUAUUUAGUUGAACUCUGACCUGCAGCUAUUUGUGAAGAGCAGCUCAGCAGACCCAGUAACCUUCAGUUUUAACUCGGCCCCUGUGGUUUUCCACCGGCAGAUUGUGGGGCAGGAGAGAUGGUGUCAUCAGCUGCAACAGGUACUGAACCACUUAUCCUGUGCUAUUACUUUUGACAUUUUAAUUGUUUAUAUAGCCACAAGGUUAGGAUGUAUACUUACUUCUUGAAUUUUCUUUCCCACCAUCUUUCUCUGUGAACAGGCAAAAACUAUUGGAAGACAAAUUGACUAUACAAAGGUGAGCAGGGUGAAUGUACAUACAGUGGAUGUUUAUUAUUGUGCUAUGGUAGCAAGGUAGGUUGCAAGACUGUCAAAGAUGCUUAGAGAGUGUUGAUAUCCACUGUAACCAAUCACAAGUUUGACAUUUCCUUCCCAAAGUCAGUUAGAAAGGAAAGGAGGGGACAGAUGGGGGUGCAGGAAGAGACAAGGGGGGGGGGGGGGGGAUCUCUGGUCACGUCUGAAACCAGAUCGUGGGGAUUAGGUAACCAGGACUAUUUGUGGAGGAGACAGAGAGACUGAGACAGAUCCAUUGUCAGAGAAUCUCCUUCAGGAGGGGGGAUAUGGGGAGAACGUAUCCUCCUAACUGCACAACAGUUAUUGUAGUAACUAUAAUUUUCAUUUCCAUAUAGAUUAGUAUUUACAAUAUAAUAAAUGUGUCCUGCUUGCCUGGGCUUUUACUCUGAAAUACACAUUGUGUCAAACACUAGGUGUGCCCUGUGCACUGCUCCUGUUAGUCUUAAAUGUAAUGCAGUCUGAACAUCCAUGGAGAUGGUCUCAGUCAGACCAUAUUUUGGUAAUCUCUGCCACCUGUUGUUCAACAUAGGAAGAGAAGGUGGUGGACAGGACUUUCUGGGGACUAAUGGAGUAUGGUGGAGACCCUUGGAGUGUGCUGUGUCCCGUUUCCAAACUGAGGAGCGUGCACCCACAUUAGUGCAGAGGAGCAAUGCUCCCUGCCUGCUGUUUUUUAAGCGAAAGCCCACAGGGGCUUUUCAGUCCCAGAAUUCAUUAGGUAGAACGCCCUAAGCAAAAAGAUGUCCUGACUGAGUCAGAGCAGAAGGGGGAAAGACACCCAAGAUUACUCAGUGUGUCUGGGAGGAGGGGGAGUCUCAUGACCAAUGUACAGUUUUGUCUUGACCACUGCACAUUCCAUCCUCAUUGUUCACAAUAGGAUGCUAAUUUCAACAUUUGCUUACAAAAAAAAAUGCUGAAGUCAUGUCAUAUGGUCUCUUCCUGCAACAGCUGCGGUCCACGAUCAAGUUGGAGAAAGGUGUCACCUCGACAAUAGAUCUGUGUCAUUACCACGGCAACAAAGCUCUGGAGUCCAUCCAGUGUUUCCCUUCCUCUGAGGCGCGCUCAGCCUUGGAGAACAUCGCUCGCGCGGUCACAAAGUUCUGACCCCCUACUCCCCUGUGGCCACAAUCAAUCAAUGCUCAAACACACACAAAAAACUAUCUUGGUUCCAUUUAAGCCAAUCGGUGAGCAGAACACUCGCAACCCUCACCGGCGUUUACCGGAAAUGAAACUACAGAUCACACCUUUAAAACUCAAUUUAACUGUUUGCUAUUAAAACAAUUCACAUCCAG